GUACAGCAAUAGUAGUCAGUUGUCAAGAUUCAAAAACAAAAACAAAUAUUCUAAAUACAAACACAAAGAACACAAAGAUAAACCCAUAUUAUACUUGAUUCUAUCUAUAAAUAUUAAAAAAAGCAGUAAAAGGACAUUUCUCUAGAAGCAAUUCAUUAGUUGAUUAUGUCCGAUAACAAAGAAUAUAUUGUUAAACGAGUGUUGCACGCUGGAAGAGCCCCAAUAGAUUUUAAAGAUGGUACAAAAAUUUACUUUCAUUUUCAAACGAAACUGUGCGAUAAAGAGAAUACGAUAAUAGAUGAUUCAAGAACGUUAGGAAAAAAAGAGCCAAUGCAAAUUGUUUUGGGAAAAAAGUUCAAAUUGGAAGUUUGGGAAGCGAUUUUACAGAAAAUGGCAUUGGGAGAAGUAGCUCAGUUUACUGUAGACAAGUCUCUUGUAGUUGAAUAUCCGUUUGUCUCAAAAACCCUUAGAGACAUUGCUUAUCCAGAUAAAAAUAAAAAUAAACAUUCUUGUGCUAUGACUCUUCAAACUGAAGGAAUUGGGUAUGAUGACUUAAAUGACCUAUUAAAAAGCCCUAAGGAUUUAGAAUUUAUAAUUGAAAUUGUUAAAGUUGAACAGCCAGGCGAAUAUGAAAAAGAAACAUGGCAAAUGGAUACAGACGAGAGAAUAGAUAUUGUACCUAAACUAAAAGCAGAAGGAAAUGAACAGUAUAAUAAAAAGAACUACGAAGAAGCUAGUAAAUUGUAUGCAAAAGCAAUAGGACUUUUGGAACAAUUAAUGCUGAAAGAAAAACCUCACGAUAGUGACUGGAACAAAUUAAACGAACAGAAGUUACCGAUUUUACUUAAUUUUGCACAGUGCAAGUUAAAUGAAGAAGACUACUACCCUGUAAUUACACAUUGCACAGAAGUUUUAAAAUAUGACAGUGAUAAUGUAAAAGCGUAUUUUCGUCGUGCCAAGGCUCAUAUCGCAGCGUGGAACCCAAAAGAAGCAAAAGAAGACUUGGAAAAAGUAAUGGAGUUGGACAAAACUCUAAUUCCUUUAGCAAAAAAAGAGUUACUAAAGUUAGAAGAUCUUCAAAAGAUUAAGAACUUGGAAGAUAAAGAAAAACUUAAAAACUUAUUUACAUAGUUUUAUAGCAUUAUAUUGUAAAAUGAACCUUAUAUAGAUUAACUUAUUUUGUAUAUUAAUAUAUGGCAAAAAACAGAGC